AUGGCAUUGAAUAAUCAAACACUGGUGACAGAAUUUCUUCUACAAGGUUUCUCAGCGACAUCUCAACUCCAGACAUUCUUGUUUAGCACCUUUCUUUUUCUUUAUCUCACAGCCCUCACAGGUAAUAUUCUCAUUGUCAUGGCCAUCAAUCUGGACUCAGGUCUCCAUACACCCAUGUAUUUUUUUCUUGCCAACUUGUCCAUGUCAGAUAAUGGCUGCACAUCCACAGUUCUGCCCAAAUUUCUGGAGGAUCUUUCUGUGGUAAAGAAAUCCAUUUCCUAUGGUGGCUGCAUGACCAAGCUGUAUUUCCUCCCUUUUUUUUUAUUGGGGACUGAGCUUCUGCUCUUCACAGCCAUGGCUUAUGACAGAUAUGUGGCCAUCUGCCACCCCUUACAUUAUAGUACUAUGAUGAGCAGGAUGGUUUGUAUGAUUUUAGUGAGCAGUGUGUGGGCUGCUGGAGCCCUCAGCUCAAUAUUACAAACUGGUCUAAUGCUACAAUUAAUGUUUUGUGGUCCUAAUGAAAUUAAACACUUUCUGUGUGAAAUCCCUUCUUUGUUGCUGCUCUCCUGUAGCUCCACAUAUGUGAACAACAUCAUGAUAGUCAUUGCAGAUGUGUACUUUGGAGUGAUCAAUUUUAUGCUCACUAUAUUGUCUUAUGGCUUUAUCAUCUCCAAUACCCUAAAGAUCCGCACCACAGAGGGGAAGAAGAAAGCCUUCUCUACCUGCUUCUCUCAUCUCCUUAUGGUCACCAUAUAUUACACCACGAUCAUAUACACUUACAUGCUUCCAGGCUCCAGUUCUUCAAUGGAUAAUGGCAAAGUGCUGGUUGUCUUGUACACCACAGUCAGUUCCGCCUUAAACCCUCUCAUCUACACACUUAGGAAUAAGGAUUUUAAAGCAGCCCUCAGAAAAUAUUUGUAUCUUUUUGGGAAAUGA